AUGGCCGCACCGACCAAGUUCAGUUUUUCCGUCAGGAGCAUCCUGGAUUUGCCCGAGCAGGAUGCGGAGGCAGUGCCGCAGUCCUCCCCUGUGUACUCCUCCUGCUCCUCCAGCUCGCCUUACACCUCCUGGAUGGAUUGCGACCGGAGCCCUUGCAUCUCUUCCGAUGAAGGCAGUCUGGAGGCCUCCCCCGACUCAACCAAGCCGGAUGACUCGUCCCUGGACUCGGAGCCCGGCAAGAGCAAAAAGAGCAAGAAGCGCCGGGUUCUGUUCUCCAAGGCCCAGACCCUGGAGCUGGAGAGACGCUUCCGCCAGCAGCGCUACCUGUCCGGCCCGGAGAGGGAGCAGCUGGCCCGGCUCCUCAGCCUCACCCCGACCCAGGUGAAGAUCUGGUUCCAGAACCACCGCUACAAGAUGAAGAGAGGCCGGGCAGAAGGAGCGCUGCAGGACGUGGAGAUAGGUCAGCCUCCAGUGCUGCGCAGGCUUGUCGUUCCCAUCCUGGUGCGGGAUGGGAAACCUUAUCACACCUGCUUACUUGACACGGAGAAAGCUGCCUGUUUACCUCCUUCUUCUCAGGCGGUACAUUUCCCCUUGGCCUACCCGUCUCUUCAGCAUCCCUCCCCGGUCGCUCUUCCUCCCAGGUACCAGCACUUUCCCACCGCGGCGGCCUCCAGAUUCGCCUGGAGAGACUUUUGGAGCGACUCGGUCCACUUUAACAGUUUCAAAUGA